AUGCUUGCAGCUGCUCGGGUCCUCCCUGUUGUUUCUCGACUUCCUCUCCGUGCCACCGUACGUCUGGCAUCCACUACUUCCGUCAUGAUGCCCAUCGAGCCAAAGGACAUCCCGACCGUUUCAAAGCAAGGUCUAGGGAAGCGGCUAUCCAUCUGGAGAGCUGAAGGUACGCGAUUGACGGGCCGUGGCUGCUCGAAGUGGAGACCGGCUGCGGAGACGCUCCCUUUGCUGACACGGCAGAUUGACAUGAUCGUCAACGCUGCGAACAAGUCGCUUCUGGGUGGUGGUGGUGUCGACGGUGCGAUCCACCGUGCUGCUGGACCUGAUCUGUUGCGAGAGUGCAGGGGUCUCAGAGGUGCCGACACCGGUGAGGUGAAGGUGACCAAGGGAUACGAACUCCCCGCCAAGUACAUCGCGCACGCCGUGGGGCCCAUCUACUCCGAGUCAAUGAAGGAAAUGUGCGCGGCGCAGCUCGAGAACUGCUACAGGUCUGCGCUGGAACAGUGCUCAGACAUUGGGUGCACGGAGAUCGCCUUCCCGAGCAUCAGCACCGGUAUCUACGGCUAUCCCAUUGAGGACGCGACCGAGAUCGCGAUCGAGACGACGAAGGACUUCCUGGAGAAGGAUGAUAAGGUGAGUUCGACAGGAGUUGUUCAAACUGACAGGCAGGUGAAGCAGGUCGUGUUCUGUGUGUUUUCGCCCGAGGACGAGGAGGUGUACAAGAAGCUCGUCAAGAGCAUCGUCCCCACGAACGAUGCGUGA